UGUAGGGUUUUCAGUUCAAAUCUCAAAAGCUUCCUCUCCUUGUCCCAACAAUGGGAAAAAAGAAAUCCAAGGAACCAGAAACGACGGGCUGGGACGGCACCGUUACAGCUCAAUCUGAUAUCUUCAAAACCAUCUUCGGCGACGUUUCGGAGCAAAAUGCCGCCUUUUUUUCCCUUUUCUCUGAUGGCAAUCCCUUCAAAAGAAAACCGCAAGAAUCGGCCGAAAACCCUGACAGAGUUGGUUUAUUGGAUUCAGAUACUGUUGAAUUAAAGCAGAGGAAGCGAAAGGAGAAAGAGAAAGCUCAAAACUCUAGCUUGGGUUCAAUUGAGGAGGCUACAGAGACUCGGAAAUCAAAGAAAGAGAAGCCCUCGGAAGACCCAAAUUUGGGUUCCUUAUCAAGAAAUGUUGAAAGUUCCGGUUUUGAUGCAAAAAGCUUGGUAAACAAGGAAAAGAAGGAAACCUCAGAUAGCCCAAAAGGCCAAGAUGUGAAAAGGAAGAAGAGGAAGAGGGAUGAGUUGGAGACGGAGUACGAGGAAAGGAAAUAUGGGACUGUGGCCGCGGCAGCUGCAGCGGAGGAGGAGGUAGUUGUGGGGCAGAAGAGGAAGAAAGCAGAGGAUGAUGGGGUGGUUGCUUUGGUUCCAAAAGAAGGGUUUGAUGAUGAGAGUAAACUUUUGAGGACUGUUUUUGUCGGAAAUUUGCCGAUUAAAGUGAAGAAGAAGGUCUUGAUAAAGGAGUUUAGUAAGUUUGGAGAGAUUGAGUCUGUCAGAAUUCGGUCGAUUCCUCUCAGUGAUACCAAGAAACCGAGAAAAGGAGCUAUAAUGCUGAAGCAAUUUAAUGAGAAAUCUGAUACUGUUCAUGCAUACAUUGUUUUCAAAACAGAGGAAUCUGCAGAGGCAUCUUUGGCACAUAACAUGGCUGUGGUUGCUGGAAAUCACAUUCGUGUUGAUAGGUCAUGCCCACCAAGAAAGAAGUUAAAAGGGGAGAGUGAUCCUCUUUACGAUAACAAGAGGACUGUUUUUGUUGGUAAUCUCCCAUUUGAUGUGAAGGAUGAAGAAAUUUAUCAGCUGUUUUGUGGUAUCAAUAAUCUGGAGUCCAGCAUUGAAGCUGUUCGGGUUGUUAGAGAUCCUCAAUUUGGUGUUGGCAAGGGAAUUGCUUAUGUCUUGUUCAAAACAAGGGAGGCGGCAAAUGUGGUUGUUAGGAAACGAACACUGAAGCUUAGGGAUAGAGAGCUCAGGCUUUCUCAUGCCAGAUCAGAUGCCACCCCAUCUAAGAGAAAGAAUCCAUUAUCUUCAGGUACAAAUAAUAACCCAGCCAAGAAGUUUGCAGUGGAUCCAAGUACUCCUUCAACUACUGGCAGCAGAUCAAAUGCAAAAGCUUCUUUGUCGUACCAGGGCUUGCGUGCAAGCAAAUCAGGUGUCCAGAAGAAAGCUCAUUCAAAGGGCAUCAGCCCUGUGAAAACGAAAUUUAAAGCUCAAAAGAGCGAGAAGCCAAAAGAACGCAAGACGAAAAGACCAUCUGUUGCUGCUAGAAAGGCCAAGGCAAAAGCACACAAGGAUGCUGGUGUUUCCAAACAAGCAGGUGUAAAACGCAAGCUGGACAGUUCGAGUUCUGGGAGCGCCCAUCAGAAGAAGAAAGCCAAAAGAUUUAGGUAGGAACAGAAGAAAGGCCUUGUCUCAUACUUGAUAAAAAGGAACCCAACCUGAGGGAAUAAUUAUACAAGUAGACCUGAGCAGUCUCAAAAAUACAUGUACCCAUACAACAAAUUAUGUUUUUUAUCAGCAAAGCUUUUGUAACAAGGAUUGUUUUUGUGUGCUUAUAUUUUUGUGCUCGGGAAAUGCUUUCGGAGGAAAAAAGCGUCACAAUCUUUU